CUCGGCCACUUCUCAGAAUGGUGCUAUGUCUCGCAAGUUGCGCAGUCAGUUGACUACAAUUAUUUAUUUUUUUACACCAUUUCAGCAGCGCAAAAGAUUUGAGGCUGAUCCAAAAUCAAAAAGCCUCGUCUUGGUGACUGGAGGAGAGGGGUGUGGCUCAUUCAUAGCAGAGGCGUAUCAUCACCAAAGUUCAUUCUGUCUGCCAGUCUGAUCCGUCAGGACACAGGCAGGAUUAUCAUCUGUAAAGGCUUCCGUCUACUGAAUGGUCUGCAUUCAUCUCAAAAUGGCUGUUGGGAUUAUCUUAGUUGUUCUGCUGUAUGUUAUUUCAGUAGUUUCAUCAACACACCCGAAGAAGAAAACCGUCGUUGGAAUCAUCGGACAGCCCGUCCUUCUGCCCUGUGGUCGCUCCAAAUUGGCAACUCCCAACUACCCAACAAGAACCAGAAUAUACUGGCAAGAUUUAAUCCCCAGAGUGCUGCACGUUUUCAAAGAUGGAAACGAGGAGUAUGACCACCAACACCCUUUGUACAACAACAGAACAACAAUUAACACAGAUCAGUUGGCUUCUGGAAAUCUGUCACUCCUGCUCAACCCAGUCAUUGUCCGAGACAAUCGCCUGACCUGCGAUGUUAUUCUAAUAAUCAAUGGCGCAACAUCAAAAGAGUGCCAAAUCACUGUCAAUGUAACAGCGAGUUACCAAAAGCCCAAGCUGACAUUAAACGUCACAGACAUGACGCUUGUGUGCAGCACCCACGGAGGCUUCCCUGAAUACCAGGUGACAUGGAGGACCCAUAACCGUACUCUGGAGCGUCACAAGGCUGUCAACAAGACCACCCAGGAUCCUGGAACAGGAACGUACAACAUCAGUAGUCGAGUGAAUGUGACAGAGGGACAACAUAUAACCUGCAGUAUCUACAACCCCAUCCUCAAUGAGACCCAGAGUAGCUUUAUCGUCAUACAAGCCUCCAAAGAGGAAAACCAUUUACUGAAAUGUAUCCUGCUGGCAGUUUGCCCAUUGGUCAUGUUGUUGAUUGCGGUCAUUCUCUGUUUAAAAUACCCCAACUUCAGGAAGCCAUGGAGGAAGAUGAUCCAUUGCUGUCCUGAACCUGAACCUGAAAACACUGCAGAAGAACCAGAAAUUGCAGAAUUGAAUCCACAACAUUAGAAAUCAACUCCCAGAAUCCUCCAGUGGUGAGGAAGACGACAAGUUACUGCGUUGCUGGUGCAUACGGCUGGACAAAACGAGGACAUUGGUACUGUAAAACAAUUGAGAGCCGUACUGCUACCAGUAAUCUUCCAUUGAAGCUGAUAUAUGAUGCCAGUGAUCGAGGUCCAAUAUCCAGCGUUUAGGUCCAGGUGUUUAUACAAAAUAAUUGACUAAAUGUAAGGAGAGAUCAAAUUGAGAUGCUAAGAUAUAUGAAACACUUGAAGAAAUGAACCCAGACACAGAUACAGUCAAUAUCAAACUGGACACACAAGAGGUGUUGUUGAACAGUGAACCUGUCACUGAAUCUGAAUGUGUUGCGUUAUAAGGAAAGUGGUUUUGUCAUAAUGUGUUUUAGUAUUGUCUAUAUGUCCCAACAUAUCAUAGACAAUGAAGAAAGAAACAAUCACACCUCAUUCAAACUUAGACAGGUACGGAUAGAGAUCACAGGAGGUUGGUGGCACCUUUUAUUGGGGAGGACGGCCUCGUGGUAAUGGCUGGAGCGGAAUCAGUGGAAUGGUAUCAAUUAUAUCAAACACAUGGUUUGAUGCCAUUCCAUUCGCUAAGGUCCAGACAUUAUUAUGAGACGUCCUCCCCUCAACAGCCUCCACUGGUAGAGAUUCAGGUACUUUCUGUAUCUAACUUGCAAGUCUGUCGUUCAUCGCUGUAGUGAAUGUCAUGUCUCACUGUAUUUUUAUGGCUGAGUUAAUGUCAUGUCUCACUGUAUUUUAUGGCCGAGUGAAUGUCAUGUCUCACUGUAUUUCAUGGCUGAGUGAAUGUCAUGUCUCACCGUAUUUUUAUGGCUGAGUUAAUGUCAUGUCUCACUGUAUUUUAUGGCCGAGUUAAUGUCAUGUCUCACUGUAUUUUAUGGCCGAGUGAAUGUCAUGUCUCACUGUAUUUUAUGGCCGAGUGAAUGUCAUGUCUCACUGUAUUUUAUGGCUGAGUGAAUGUCCUAUCUCACUGUAUUUUAUGGCUGAGUGAAUGUCAUGUCUCACUGUAUUUUUAUGGCUGAGUGAAUGUCAUGUCUCACCGUAUUUUUAUGGCUGAGUGAAUGUCAUGUCUCACUGUAUUUUUAUGGCCGAGUGAAUGUCAUGUCUCACUGUAUUUUAUGGCCGAGUGAAUGUCAUGUCUCACUGUAUUUUAUGGCUGAGUGAAUGUCAUGUCUCGUUGAUGGAAGCUGUUACAGUGCCUAUAGAAAGUUGACACUCCCCUUAGAUUUUUUCACAUUCCGUUGCUUUACAAAGCCUGCUCGCCUCUACAGGAUUGGUUGGUCCCCCUCGGGACGGUUGAGCUAACGUAGGCUAGUGCGAUUAGCAUGAGGUUGUAAGUAACAAGAACAUUUUCCAGGAAAUAGAUAUAUCUGAUAUUGGCAGAAAGCUUAAAUUCUAGUUAAUCUAACUGCACUGUCACAUUACAAAGCCUGCUAGCUAAAAAAGUUACCUCACAAUGAAAGAUAAAUGAUUAUAGAAUAUAAUUAUAGAAUUAUAGAAUAUAACUAUGUGAACUCCAGAGCGCUGGCCGCUUGCGGGUUACCCUAUGCUACACUCAGUUAGAUCAGGCUACUCAACGUGUUUUAUAGAGUUUUUAUUUGUUUUGUCUUUUUUUUUUUUUGGAGGGGGUUUACAGGAACAAUAUAUAUUUCAAUUAAUAUAUUCUGUGUAUAUAACAUGUACCUGUGGGCUGCCACCCAAAUGAAAAACUAAAGUAAGAAAUACAUACAGAGAAACGAUCAUAUUGAUCAAGAAAUAUUUUGUAAAAGUAUAAUUGAUAUGUAAAUAAACAAAACCUGCAACCCUGCAUACCUCUUUCUGCCCCUCCCACCCACCACUUUUCUCCUAAGCCCCUCCCUCCUCUACUAGUCCCCUGAACAUUUUAUUGAUUGAUUUCACCUUUAUUUAACCAGGUAGGCAAGUUGAGAACAAGUUCUCAUUUACAAUUGCGACCUGGCCAAGAUAAAGCAAAGCAGUUUGACACACACAACAA